AUUCCACUAGUGUAAAGACCCCCUUCCCUCUUUCUCUCUCUGGUCUCGACGCCCCCCUUGCUUUCACUCUAUUGAAAGCCUUUAAUAUAAAGAGAACAAAAUCUUUUAAGCCUUUCCUCGAACAGUUCAUCUGCAACGAGAAACUUCUCGGCGAUUAUUAUCGUCACUAUACCGCUGGUUAGCAUCUCAAGUGCCAGAUAUCAAAAGCCAAACAGAAAACGACUUGUUCUACUUUCUGGAUUUCACACACUAGAUUAUUUCCAAAGCGUAGCAAGUAGCAACCUGGUUUCACGAUGAAACGGCGACGUUAUGGUUGAGGUUAUAUUUAUCGAUUGUUGCUUUUAUAUAGGUAGGCAUAGUGGGUGGUGCUGAUGGGAAGGGUGACGCUGGGGUUGGCGGUGGGUGUAGCGGUGGUGGCAUGUGCGGUGGCGGGGGUGGUGGUGGGCAGGAGGGUAAGAAGCAGGAGGAAGUGGGGGAGAGUGGUUGGAGUGUUGAGGGAGUUGGAAGAGUCGUGUGAGACCACAGUGGGAAGGCUGAGGCAGGUGGUAGAUGCUAUGGCUGUGGAGAUGCAUGCUGGUUUGGCUUCUGAAGGAGGCUCUAAGCUCAAAAUGUUGCUCACUUUUGUUGACCAUUUACCUACAGGGAGCGAGGUGGGAACUUAUUAUGCUCUAGACCUUGGGGGAACUAAUUUUAGGGUCUUACGGGUUCAGCUAGGUGGUAGACUGUCCUCAAUCUUAUCAAAAGAUGUGGAACUACAACCUAUACCCCAGCACUUGAUGAGAAGCACUAGUGAGGAUCUAUUUGACUUUAUUGCUUCAACAUUAAAGCAGUUCAUUGAAAAAGAAGAAAAUGGUUCUAAGUUCUCUUCACUUAGAACAAGAGAACUCGGGUUUACAUUCUCUUUUCCAGUGAAACAAAUGUCUCUUUGUUCAGGAAUCCUUCUGAAAUGGACAAAAGGGUUUGCUAUUGAAGACAUGGUUGGAAAAGAGGUUGUCGAAUGUUUACGAGCAGGACUGACCAGGAAUGGUUUAGACAUGCAAGUUGCAGUAUUGGUAAAUGAUACUGUGGGAACGCUAGCUCUUGGACAUUAUCAUGAUGCUGACACUGUUGCUGCAGUAAUAAUUGGAACAGGUACCAAUGCUUCCUAUCUGGAGCGGGCAGAUGCUAUUAUAAAGUGUCAAGGCCUUCUUACAACUUCUGGAGGCAUGGUUGUAAACAUGGAGUGGGGUAAUUUCUGGUCAUCUCAUUUGCCAAGAACUCCUUAUGAUAUUGAUUUGGAUGCGGAAAGCCCUAAUCCAAAUGAUCAGGGUUUUGAGAAAAUGAUAUCAGGAAUGUAUCUAGGUGACAUAGUUAGGAGAGUGAUUCUCAGAAUGUCACAGGAGUCGGAUAUCUUUGGACCUGUAUCUUCCAGCUUGUUAGAACCCUUUAUUUUGCAUACACCCUUCGUGGCUAAAAUGCACGAGGAUGACUCGUCUGAUUUGCAGGAAGUAGCUAGAAUCUUGAAAGAGAAACUGGAGAUUUCGGAAGUCCCUUUGAAGGUCAGAAAGCUUGUUGUAAGAAUAUGUGAUGUGGUAACCCGUAGAGCUGCUCGAUUGGCAGCUGCUGGCAUUGUGGGAAUCUUGAAGAAGAUUGGCCGGGAUGGAACAGGGGGCAUCUCCAGUGUCAGAGGAAGAAGUGAUAUUAAGAUGAGAAGAACUGUUGUUGCAAUUGAAGGGGCUUUAUAUACGGGCUACACAAUGUUCCGGGAGUACUUGCACGAAGCCUUGAAUGACAUAUUGGGGGAAGAAAUCGCCCAACAUGUCAUUCUUAGGGCCACGGAAGACGGAUCAGGCAUAGGAGCAGCUCUUCUUGCUGCGUCGCAUUCAUCCUACAGUGUGGAUAGCGUACAGUUGAUAUAAAAAUAUAUUAUUUAUAUAUACACAUAGCCCUUGUAAAUGUAGAAUUCAUUUCAAUUUAUUUAAAGGGUUGUCUUCAAAAUUUCAUCUUUCCAGGUGGGUUAUCAUUGUAUAUCUUCAUGUUCAUUUUUUUUGUCUUUUCCAUCUUUGAUGUACUUGUUUUUCUCUCUAGGCCUUGUUGUAAAUUGAUAAUGUCAAAUGUGUAUCCUUUUAUUUGCCUAGAAAUGGCAAGUUGUGUCCUUUACAUUACUGUUUAA